AUGGAGGGAGGAAUGGAAACUAAAUGGAGGUCCCUGUCCCAGCUGCCCGGAUUUACCCUGGUGGUGCCGCAUUCGGUGUCAGUGCAGGAGGGUCUCUGUGUUCUCGUCCCCUGCACCUUCACGUACUCAGCCUCAUAUGACACUAAGAAUUCCCCGGCCUGGCUCUACAGAUACUGGUACAAGGAUCCAGCCGUUGUGGGCCAGAAUCCGCCCGUGGCCAGCAGUGACCCCAGCCGGGGGGUGUCGCAGGAGACCCAGGGCCGGUUCCGGCUGGCGGAGAAUCUGGCACACGGCGACUGCUCCCUGCAAAUCAGCGACGCCCAACAGAUGGAUGCAGGGAGAUAUUUCCUUAGAGUCGAGGGAGACUUUAAAUACACUUACUGCUCCAGUACCAAUGGCACUGACCUUAUGCUCACGAUCUCCGUGUCAGGGCUGACGGAGGAGCCAGAGAUCCAGAUCUUGCCAGCGCGGGGGCUGCCAGGGACGCUGCUGGCCGGGGAGCCGGUGACUGUGACCUGCACGGCCCCCGGGCGCUGCUCCGGGCCCCCUCCCCAAGUCACCUGGACGGGGCCGUUCAGCGACACAGCCCGGGACGUCUCAGCCCAGCUGGCGAACGGAACCUGGGCCCAAAGCUUCGCGCUCCACUUCACGCCCACCCUGGGGGACGAUGGCAAAGAGCUCAUGUGCAGCAUCACCUACAGGCCACCACGGGGACCUUCCACCCACAGAACCAUCCAGCUCCGCGUCGGAUACCCUCCUGGGACCCCCAACAUCACCGGGACCCUGACCAGGAACGGACGCCCCGGGCCAGCCCCAUUGGGAGCUGAGGGUGACGUCGUGUCUCUGGAGACCCAGGAGGGCGACUCCCUGAACCUGAUCUGUGAGGCUUCGAGCAGACCCGAGGCCAUCCUGAGCUGGGCCAAGGGGAACGAAUCCCUGAGCCCUGGCCAGGGAGGGGCCGGGCACCUGAAGCUGCCGAAUCUCAGCAGAGGAGACGCUGGGGAGUAUCGGUGCGGGGCGAAGAAUUCCUACGGGUCGGCCAGCCGGGCCCUGCGUAUGCAUGUGCAGUAUCCCGGCACCGCGGUGGGGAACGGUUCACAGCUCACGGCCCGGGAGGGCGACUCCCUGCGGUUCCUCUGCUCCAUCACCAGCAGCCCCCCUGCUGCGCUGCGCUGGGUGAGGGGGGGCCGAGCUGUCGAGGGCGCCCGCCCCGCGGGGGAGAAUCAGCUGUGGCUGGAGCUGCCCAACGUGACGGCCGAGGACAGGGGGCUGUACGGCUGCUGGGCCAAGAAUGAGGAGAGCUCUGCCCAGGGGACGUUCCAGCUGCUCAUCGAGUACAGCCCCCGGCCGGGGACCGGGCUGAACUCGUCCUGCCAGCACCAGGGGCCCAGCAUCAGCUGCAGCUGCUCCCUGCGCUCCCACCCCCCACCCCGGCUCCAGUGGCAGGUGGAUGGGGAGCCCCUGGCUGGGAACAGCUCACGGGGGGCCCUGCAGGUCAGCGCAUGGGCCCAGGGGGAUGAGGCCGUCAGCACCCUGAACUGGACGGGGAGCGGGGACAGGGGCCCCCAGAUCUUCUGCCUCGGCUCCAACCCCCAUGGGACCUACGCCGCCCUGCACUUUGACUUCAGUCCCCCAUGGAGAGGUGCGGAGGAGCCUGCCAAGCUGCUGGGCGUCGGGGUGGCCUGUGGGCUGGGGGUCGCCGUCGGCUUCUUCCUUCUCGGGCUCUGUGUGAUCAAGCUGUGUGGCCAGGAGCCGGCGCCCCCCAGCACUGAGGCCGGGGAGAUGGCUAACGGGAGCCAGGCCAAGCACCUGGCCGAUGAGGCCAGCGUGAUCUACAGUAACAUCCCCACCAUGGCCAUGCAUCACAAGACUCCAGCCACCCACCGGACCAAAGGCAUCCAGGACGGCGCUGCAGCAGCCCAGGCCCCGCUAGGCCCCGGGGAGCCGGAGGAGCUGCACUACGCCUCCGUCGACUUCUCCAAGCUGAGGCGCAAAGGGGGGGAGCCUCCAGAGGCCCCGGACACGGAAUAUUCCGAGGUCCGGUGGAAAUAG